CUAUGUGCUUACUUUGAUUGUUCUUGUUGCCGGAAAGUCUGGAUCUGAUGGCCUCAUCACGGACGCAGACGUCGCGGCAUGCCCUGCCGUCCAAGAAUUAUCGGCAGUGAAGCAUGAGCUUGCAAGUACAGAAUCACCCAUCAUGCGACAAGUCUUCGCCUGGCUCUUUCCUUUUGGACCUGGAUGGAACUCUGUGCUUGGUACCUUCUACAUCAGCUCGGUCCCUAAUUUUAUUCUCGCGUUCAUCCCUGCUCAAAUCAACCGCAACACCUUGAACACCAUGACGGCUUUCGCGACUGGUGGACUCCUCUCCGACGUCUUCCUCCAUUUGGUGCCACACUCCUUCAUGGGCGAACAUCAGGACAACUCCGCCCAUUUCGUCAUGGUAGAGGAAAAGCGGAACAUCCUUGUCGGUCUAGGCAUAUUCGGAGGCUUUGCGGCCUUCUUCGUCAUGGAGAAGACUUUACGUGUUCUCGGCGGAGGAGGAGAGGACGGCCAUUCGCACUCGAACUCGCAUUCUCACAGCCAUACGGAGGAAAAGCAGGGUGGUGGCGAGACCGAGGGGACUGCGACGGGUGUGGCGGCUAAAUCUACGAACGGCCUGCGGGAGCGCAAAAAAGUCGGCGGAGAAGACCAUCAGGGCGAGGAAGAGGAGAAACACGCCCAGGUGUCUAAGUUAUCUGCGUAUUUGAAUUUAUUUGGUGAUUUUUGCCAUAAUAUUACGGACGGUCUCGCCAUGGCUGCGUCAUUCUACUCGAGCCCGCUCAUCGGCGCUACGACGACCCUCGCCUGCUUCGCGCACGAGAUCCCACACGAGAUCGCGGACUACAGCAUCCUCAUCCGGAGCGGGUUCACGAAGAGAGAGGCGAUGCAGUCGCAGUUCUUGACUGCCGUUGGGGCGUUCGUCGGGACGUUCAUGGGCAUCGCGAUCCACAACGUGUCGACGGGGCACGAGAGCGCGGCCGGCUCGAAUGAUCUCGUCGCGGCGCUGAGACAGAGGGCGAGUGGGAUAUUGGGGACGUCGGUGCGGUUUGCGGAUUUGGUGAGUCGCUUGCUUACUAUACCGUUCGUAGCGGGCGGGUUCAUGUACAUCGGCGCUGUCGCAGUCUUACCCACACUGUUGGAAGAAAGCAAGAGCGGGAAACAGGCGCUUCGGGAGUUUGGUGCGAUGGCGUUCGGAGUGCUAUGUAUGUUCCUAGUGGCCUGGAACGAAUAGAAUAGAGGGAGUAAGUUGGAUUGGGUGGGCGCAGUGCGGUGGAUGGGGAUGGGGAUUUUGACAUGUGCAAACGGGGAGGUAGGGGUGUGUGAGUCGAGUUUGUUACGGCGCAGGGAGAGUGGGACGGGGGCUUUUAGUACUAUGUAGUACUACAAUUGUU